AUGAGCGGAGGCGGCCUCCCGCGCUGGGGCGUCGAGCGGACCCGACUCCACGGCCUGGAGGCGGGCCGUGAGAACAGGUGGGGGGAGAAGGUGACGCGGCUGGUGGGGAAUGUGAGGAUCGUGAAGACGGGCUGGGCGUGGAACAAGGAAAGGGCGCGGGACGGAGAGAGGUCCGCCGCCCAGGGGAACGUCCCUGGGGAGGAGGUAUUCAAAACCGAGCAAAAAUUCCAGGACCCGCAGGCGUUUGGAGGUUGGGACGAAGGGGCGUACCGAGUCCAGGAGGGGUUCUGCGGCGGUGCUGAGCGGUGCCGGGCCCGCGAGGGACUCUCUGGUGUCGAGCAGCGGUGUCGAGCCCGGGAGGGAUGGAGUAAAGACAUCUACCGAAGACGGGAGGGAUCCCAGAGUGCGGACCGACUCCGGGGAGAGGAGAGAUCCUGGGGCGAAGAGCCAAACCCAAGCCGGGAGGCAUCCCGAGGUGAAGAGCGGUACCGAAGCCAGGAGGGAUCCCGGGGUGAAGUGCGAUACCGAAGCCGGGAGGGAUCCCAGGGUGAAGAGCUAUUCCGAAGCCGCGAGGGGUCCCGGGGUGAAGUGCCGUACCGAAGCCGGGAGGGGUCCCGGGGUGAAGUGAAGUAUCGAGGCCAGGAGGGAUCCCAGGGUGAAGAGCUAUUCCGAAGCCGAGAGGGGUCCCGGGGUGAAGAGCUGUUCCGAAGCCGAGAGGGGUCCCGGGGUGAAGAGCUGUUCCGAAGCCGAGAGGGGUCCCGGGGUGAAGAGCUGUUCCGAAGCCGAGAGGGAUCCCGGGGUGAAGUGCUAUACCGAGACCCGGAGGGAUCCCGGGGUGGAGAACGAUACCGAUACCGAAGCCGGGAGGGAUCGCGGGGUGAAGUGAAGUAUCGAAGCCGGGAGGGAUCCCGGGGCGAAGAGAAAUACAGAAGCAGAGAAGGGUCCUGUGUGGAAGAGAGAUCGCGAAGUGGGAGGAGGUCCCGAGUCGGGGAGAGGUUCUGGGGCGAAAAGAGACGUCGAUAUCGGGAGAGGUCGCGGGGUGAAGAGCCGUCCCGGGGCAGCGACGGGCCCUGGGGCGAAGAGAGAUUCGGUGGAGCAGACAGAACCCCGUGUGGGGAGGAGAGGUACCGAGACCUGGAGGGGUCCCGAGCGGAGGACAGACCCCAGCCCGAAGAGUGGGUCCCUAAGGAGAAUGGGCGGGGCGAGGACCGAGGCCAGGGCGGGGAGAGGUCGGGGGGCACGCGGAAGCUGAGCAGGAACCCUUCCAGCGGGGAGGAGGUGGCGGGAGAGGAGGGGCGGGGCGAGGAGGCCGCGCAGGCGGAGCUGCCUCUCCGGGAUCCCGGGAAAGGCUGGGAGGUGGAGCCCGGGGAGGGGCCGGGGCACGGCAUGGACCGCAAGCGGAGCGCGCACUCCCCGAGUCAGAAACAGAGGAAUGGGCGCCGCGUGAAGGCCCGGGUAGAGGGCGCCGAGAGGUGUGCGACCAGGCUGAAGAACAACCGGUCCUUGAGCAGGGCCGCGGACAGGAGAAAGGGGAGCUUUGAAGGAAAGCGGGGAUGCAGGGAAAGAAGCGAGAGCAGAGGCAAGAACAGGGAUGCGGUCUCGGGCAGGAAUAGAUCCACGGAUAACAAGAAGGGAUUGCUUAAAGGACGAAACUGUAACCGAGACCGGCCGAAGAGCAUUGACCCCAAAUCGAGAGCGAGCGCAGUCAGGAACAAGGGUGGGCGAAAAGAGCCGGCCGGCCGGCGGCGGAGCGUCAGCAGGGCCGGGGCCCGGAGCAAGAGCCGGGCGGGGACCGCGGGGAAGCGGCCGCUGGGGUCGCGGAGCAAGAGCAGGGCCAGGGCCCGGAGUAGGAACGCUGGCGUGGACACAGGCAGGUGCGGGGCCAAGAGUAAGAGGAAGGUGAAGGCCAGGGGCAGGACCUGAGGCCCCGGCAGGGGCGGGCGAGGCGCCGGAGCCUGUGGAGUCCCUCAGAGCUGCCUGGACAGCCCUGGAGAGAUGCCUCACGGGCCGCUAUAGAACCUGGCGUUAUCCAGGCUACAUUGCGCGCUGCCCAGCCGUUUCCCUGCCAGCCCUGUGUGACCGAGAGGUGAGAGACAGAGAGGUACAAGGCCUGCGGGUUCUGUGGUCGCUGUUGAAAAUGCUACUUUCUAUUCUGUGAGCCAGAACUUCGCCCAUGGACCUGCACCAGUGGAGCUGAAUGAGGAUACUGGUACCUACUUCCCACUUCUUUGUGAUGAUAUGAAGAUUGAAGAAGUUGGCAUAGGUAAGGGUCUUGGUGCUAGGGACACGGACCAGAUCCUGAGUAAACUCAACACAGUCUUUUCUGAAUGAAUAAGUGAACACUUGCAUAAAGUAACUCAUGGGGGGCUGUGUCUGGAGAACUCCUCAUGCUGAGAUGGCAUCUUCUUCCCUGAGUUCUUCUGCAAGAUGGUGAACAUAAGGUGUCAGCCAGCUGUUUUGUGGGCCUGGUGAUCCUCUCCACCCUCUUCUGCUGGACACCACCCGACACUACUCUCUCAGAGUCUUCUGCAUGUCUUCUGAGACAAAUUCCAGACAGAGCUCCAAGCAACUCUUCAGGACAAAAGAUGACCCUGAGCAUCCUUGGGCAAACAGUCACUGGCCCCUAUCUCUUACCUGCUCCAACACCCAUGUACCCUCAGGCCUCUCCUAAUAGACCUUUCUCGGAAACAUUGCCUGCCCUCUACACAGGCCUCUCUGUUUUGCUUGAAUGCUUACUACCUAUUCAGAUCCA